UAUAGGUGUCGUUUUUGCUCAUGUUGAAUCGGUGGCCACGGAAGGCAUACCCGUCUUACCCAUGCCGAAAUCGCCUUCGCUUUCGCGACGUCAGGCCGUUUCCAUGAAGUAUUCUGUUCAUGGUAGCCGUUCUUAUCGAGAAAUUCUCCAGCAGCGAAAUGACAAUGACAAAGCAGCGAGUGACGAUCGACCGAGCCCAAUUUCUCCUGAAGGGGUGACACUCUAUGAUCGACCAGUCAGCAUAAGCGAAUGGGUCGAUUUUGGCAAUGCAGACGGAAUGAAGAAGGAAUAUGAGCCACACAAACUAUUAUCCCGUCUUUACGAACCAGAAUCCUCCCCCGUUGAGUCCACGCCAACCGAACCCAACGACGGUGCUUUGCUCUCCAUCACAGAAGAGGCAGAAACGUCCGUCUCGCUACAAGAACCUCUCCCAUCCUCGGCUUCAUCUACCGAUAGCGUUAUGAAUGAGAUUCCGCGCGAUGAACCCAACAUAGUCGUUGGAAGAACGCCGUCAAAAAAAUACAGUCGAUUAAAACGAUCACUAUCCGAGCGAUUAGGUUUUCGAUCGAAUCGAAAAACGAUUUUUGGCAGUCUGUUUCAAGAUAAACGGAAUAAAACGAAGGAUACGGUAGAGGAACCCUUCGUGUAUCGAGAGAACCGUAGUAUGGAAAGACCUACCCACCGACUUUCUCAUACUGUCCAAGGUCCAUUACCUCGACGGCGGUCCAGUGUGUCGGCCUUCUUUUCAUCAAGAUUCUCUUUCAGAAGUAUCAUGAGGAACCGGGGAUCGUCUGGGCUGCAGGUGUCAGAUGGUGGUAGCGAAGAACAAGAAGGUCCAAAUGCAUCAUGCUAUACUGACGAUGGACAGAUGUCGGUGGCUCUGGAGCGAGCCAUGUAUCGUCUGUCUCACUUUAAGCUUGGCAACCAACGACGGCCGUUGAGGGAUCAGGUGCUCAUUUCCAAUCUCAUGUUCUGGUACCUGUCUACCCUUAAUAUUCAUCCUUACCGCCAUCAGCCACAAUCAACUUCCCAAGCUACUUCAGCUUCCCAAGAGCCGCACCCUCAGUCAUCCUCACCAACCACGCCAUCCACGUCCGUCCAAGACAAUACCAUCCCAACGCGAUCCAGUACAGAUCAACCGGGACGUGGCAACAGCCGACCAAAGUCUAAAAAGAACAUUGACAAAUACAAGCCCGUGCGAAAUACCGAUUAUGUCGCUCAGCAACGUGCUGACUCCAUCAACACCUCUCCUCCUCAAUCACCGUUAUAGAAAAACGUCCCUAUUCCCCCCAUUUUUGUACUGUAACC